GCAUAUACAUUACAAAGCGAUAUCUUGUUCUUAACUCUUCAGUGUAUUAUUGGUUGCGUUGGAAUACUAAUGGAGAAAGAAAAACAACAUUUUUGUCACACUUAAUGUUCCACUCUAGGCAGGCUUUAAGACAACUCCAACUCCCAGGGUGCUUUGCGUGUUCUAGAACAUUAGCAACUCUUCCGGUGCAUGUCACUCUUUGCUAUCCUUAAAUCCACUCUGCUUUAUAAACAGUUCAUUCUGCGGGGACCAAGCGUUUGAGGGCUCGUUAUUAGGUUAGUAAGAUUGUUCUUGUUUAGUCUGUUAUCUUGCUAUCUCAAUGUGAUUUACAACGUAAGAGAGUAGAGAGCUAGCAAAAGAAAACAACAGUCCAAAUGAACACGAAGGGGCAGGGCAGAUGCACGGCUUAUUUUACCAGCCACCCUCACAAAGUUGCUAUUUAGCUCCUAGCAAAGAUACUAUUUCAAGUUAUCUGCGUCAUGUUCCAAUAUUAGCCUGCAGUGGUGUAGUUUUCAUGCGACAAAGCGAGAGUUGUAUUGACAAAUGUAUGACUUGUUGUUGUUUACCACACUCCAAAGUUGCAUAAAUGUCCACUAAGCGCCUCAAAACAGGAUAUGUAAUUAUAUGUCCAUGUUUCCCCUCACACAUGCCUUUUAAAAUAAUAACCUGGCCGACUGGACCAUAAUGCAUCACUUGGGGCCCACAAGCAGUCAGGUGGGUUUGCUAGCUACCAUGUACACAUUUUCUGGGCCCACAAGCCUACCCGAAUUUGAUCUUGGACAUCCUAGUGCAUCUGACCACCUGCAGAAGGGAGCAAUGUCAAGCAAUUGGGAGGCGAGAUGCCUGAGAAAGCACAGGAGGAGAGUGGAUGAUGAAGGUUGUCUUGCCAAAAGAAGGAGAUUAACAGUGGAGAAUGAACUGGACAUUUCACCGGACUGGCCUGCGGCAAAGAGCGGUCCUGCUUUGUGUACACCACAAGCCAACCGUGCUCCUCCACAGCCUUGUCCAACACCUUACACCCUGACUUCACUGCCGUCAUCCUCUGCUGUGUCCUCCUGCAUGGAAGUAGAGGCCGCUCAGAGGAAGCUUCAAGAGAUUGAAAACAGAAUAACGCUGGAGGAUGACGACGAGGAUGAAGAUCUUGACGUGGAGCCGGCCCAAAGAAGGCCGGUGCUGGUCAUCUCCGACAGUCUAAAGGAAGGCCUGCAGCGCGGCAUCACAGACAUCCUCCCCCACACAGUAGCUCAAUCUGUGAGCCAGUCCUGCAUGGAGCUGGUGUUGUGGCGGCCACCAGAAGACCCCUUUUGUCGCAGACUAAGAGGUUCCAUACAGAAACAAAGGAAACAGACAGUCUCCAGACAUCCUCCUACUCCGUGCCCCUCUCCCACCCCUCACAGUCCCCUCACUGCGCUUGCAGACACACACUCUCAUCUCUACAACUUUCCAGUCGCACAGAGCUGUGGAGAGGAGGACAUGGAAAUGUAAGAGUGCAACUGGCUGCCCGGACUUGUUUGGACAUGUCACUCUUGGUACUAAAUUGGUCACUUGGAAUUGUUGCCUUCAACCUUAGCUUCAGUCACUUUUGGUUACAUGACUAUAAUCCCAGAAUGAAGUAACACCCUGACCUGGUAUAUUCAUGUAACCCACUUUCAGCUUGUUUCACCAUAGAAAAAUCAGCUUCAGCUUUGAGUACUAAUCAAUAUAAACAUUUGCCAAAGCCUGGUUGACGUUGCACUAAUAUGCUGUUUCUGAGUAGGUGUUUCUUGUUAAUCAGCAACUCAUUUUUGUACCAUUUUGCCAUUGUUAUUCCUCCGUGUUCAUAAAUGCUAUUGUGCAUGGCUUUGUUCAAGAGCGGUAUUUGUUGUGGUUGAAAGACAAUCUUUCUAUAUUUCUUAGCAAGUGUGCAAUCAAAACGCUUUGAAGAAUUUGUAAAGUAUUCGAAAGACACCUUGAUU